UUAAUAUAUAAUAACAAUUAAUAAUAAAGUAAAAUAUAUAAAACAAAUCAUUAUACAUUAAUAAUAUCGAAUAAGAAACAUAACCAAUGACAUUAUCGAUUUACACAAUAUAUAACAUUAAAAUGUAAAUAUCUUUUAAAGUUUUGUAAUAGAUAUAAAUUGAUAUAACUUAUUUCACGUUUGUAAUAGAUAUAGAUUGUUUAUACCAUAUUACACGUUUCUAUUUUAUCUUGCUGGUAGAAUGUUAACAAGACAAUUUGCUCUUUUCAUAUGAAAAAUAACAUUCUAUAAUUUUUAAUCUAAGCAAAAUUCAUUGAAAAGCCAAGCGUUCCUCACCAUGUCUCUGUUUUGUCUACAGCUCUUCACAACUCAUGGAAAGCUUGCAUCUUCCAAACAUAAAAUGGAUUUGCCCGACCGCUCCUACGCGUCCUGUUUCAAGUCUUGGUGGAUUUACCUGCACUGCAUGUAAUAUUUAUUGGCUUUAUUCUAGGUUCACCGACCAAUAAUAUUUUAUUAUUUCAAGUUUGAAAAAAAGUAAACAAAAUAUUGUCAAGUUAUAUAAUGUUUUUAAAAUAAAAAGGUAAAAAAAAAUAGUAGUUACAAAAGUUUUUAUAAGGGCAAUUCUUUCAAAUAGUUUUUAAAAGUUUUUGUCACAAAAAUAACCCUAAAAAAAGACAAAAAUAGCCACUUUUUAUUUUUAACUUUUUAAUAUUUAUUCUUUAUUUUUUUAAAUUUGAAACUAUAUCCCCAAAACUCCACUCGUUAACUCUAAUUCCUAAGUCUAUAUUAGUUAAUCCUAGGGUAAAAAUAUAUUUUACAUUUUAAUAAAAAUUUAUUUUGAUCAUUUUUUUUUUAUUUUGAGCUAUUUUUGUUAAAAUAAACUAAAAAAAUUAUCCUAGGAAAUUUUUCUGUAUUAUAUAAUAUGCGUUACUAAAACGUUUCAAUUUCUAAAUCUUCUAAAAACCGAGCUUCCGCUUGCACAUAUCUGUUUCGAUUCCAUGCAACAUAUAUAGGUUUCAUGAUUGCUAGAUAAGAUUUAGUAAAUUAUGUUAUUUAUACACGUUAUAAUUCAGUUGCUUAAUUGUAAUAGCCAACCAUAAAGUUAAACCGUUUUCGUUUAUAGGAAAAGAUUCAUCGUAUUUUUUUAAAUAUGAUUCUGUAAUCAACUUUUCUAGUAUUAUAUAAACUUUAUAAAAUAUUUGUUUUACCAAUAUUUUUGACUGGAUUCAGGUUUAGCGCGCCUCAUUUCAGUUAGCUAUAGUUUCCGAUCUAUAAAUUAUACAUGUUUUACUUCAUUCAGGUUAGCAGAUAAUAUUUAUUUAUAUUUCAUUGAUGUAAGACUAUAUGCUAUUGAAUAUCUAAAUUAAUCACGUUAACUUUAUAAUGAGGUAACUUCUUCUCCAAGAAGUCCACAGACUUCUCCAUCACCUACCUAAAGAAACAGCGCGUAGGUGGUCAUCAGAAGCGAGAGAUUCUUGGGUCAAAAUCCAGACUUGAGGAGCUUCAGAGGAGAGGAUACGAGAUGGAUAGAGUUGCGUUCCGAACGUUAUUGUAACUUGAAAGCUCAAAGAAGUUAUAUAUGCUGAUGGAGCAUAAAAGCAUGUUGAGGCUUGAUUCUCCUAAUGUUUCGCUUGAGCCGUUACAAGCUCUCUUGCAUGGCUACAAUAUGAUUUAGCAUGAUUGAGAGAGGCCUUUGAGACCGGUUUGCGUAAAAAUAAAGAAGACACCGUUACAACUAAAUACAUAGAGACAUGAUUAAGGGCAUCUCUAAAACGUAUUAAAACUAAUUUAAUUUUUCGGGUCAUCAUAAGCCCAUUAGGAGAAAAACGGUGGCCAAGCUGACUUAAUCACCAAGGCAGAGCAGAGCCAGAGAAAGAAACCCUAAUUGAUGAUUGGAACAAUGAAGACAAUUUUCGAUCUUCCAGAGGAUUUGGUAGAGGAUGAGAUACUCUCUAGGGUGCCGAUGACAUCUCUGAGAUCAGUGCGAUCAACCUGCAAAAAGUGGAACACUUUAUGUAAAAAUCGGAUCUUUUUGGGUGAAAGAGCAAAGAAUCAGUUCUUGAUGAUGGACUCGAGGAGCAUUUGUUUGAUAAACUUCAAUCUCUGCAAAGAUGACGGUGACCCAUCUAUAAAACAAGUAAGCGUACUUGAUCAAAUCAAGAUAUCUAAGGUGUUUCAGUGUGAUGGCUUGUUGCUAUGCUUCCUUAAGGAUUACUCUAGGCUUGUGGUAUGGAACCCUUACUUAGGGAAAACGAGGUGGAUCGAACCCAGACACAGUUUCCAACGUGGAGACAGCUUUUCUCUCGGAUACGACAACAACAACCUUAACCACAAGAUCCUGAGGAUAUUCGACAAGAUUCAUCCAGUUACAGAUAGAAACGUUUUAGGGUUGGAACUCUACGAUUUUAGCUCGAGUUCUUGGAAGGUUCUUGAUGCCACUCAAGACUGGCAGAUACGGUCUCAUCGACACAGCGUGUCUUUGAAAGGAAACGCUUAUUUUACCACGAGUGUUGAAGGUUUCUUCGUCUGUUUUGAUUUCACAACAGAGAGCUUCGCACCUCUUCUGCCUCUGCCGCCAUUUCAUUCUUACUGUGGAUUACAUUUCACGUCUUUCUCUUGUGUUAGACAAGACGAUCUCACUGUGUUGUAUCAACACUGGGAGUCACCUAAGACGAUCGAGAUUAGUGUUACGGAUAAGAUUGGUCCUGUUGUUGUAUCAUGGACAAAGUUUUUGAAAGUGGACUUUGGCUAUUGGUUUGAGCCUUGCUCUGGGAGAUUUCUCGUUGACGGGGAGAAGAAAAUUGCUAUGGUUUUCGUUCUAGAAAGGGCCAAGGCAUGUUGGUACCAAACUGCUCACGUCUUCGGACAAGAUGGAUACUUCAAAUCUGUGAGAAUCCGAGAAGCUCCCUAUCUUUGGAAUGAUUUUUAUCCUCAUAAGAUAUAUUGUGCCCCACUGUUGUGCUCUUCAUAUCUUCCAAGCUUAGUACAACUCAACCAACAAGUGUAAUGGAAAGAGAAUGUGAAGUACAUUGCAUCAUCUUCUUUCUGUUUUGUCUUUUUGUAACAUCCCGAGUUGUGAUAUGUGAAAAA